UAGACUAAAUAUCCAAUAGUAUUUGAGGGAAAAAAUAAUGUCUUGCUGCUGUUUUGAUAGCUAUGGAGUGGGAAAAGAUGUCAUUGCACUUAAACCAAGUGAUUUGAGUUUUAUUUUUUCUGGAGGAGUCUUUACUUCAACGUAUUUCUUCCAAUGCACAUUGCAUUUACAGAAAGAUUAAAAGACAGUGUGAAAUACUUCUACCGGGCUAAUGAUAUCAACAGUUAAGUAAAUGUUAAAUUCACAUACCAAAGUAGUUGAUAUUUUGAGAAGAGGAAAUACCAUUAUUGCACCUUUUAGGCACAAGGAACUGGAAAAUGGCAUUUUUCAAAAGUUUUCAGCAGAAUCUUCCUUCAGUGUCCUCCCUGGUGGACACAAUCAGCAGUGCUGUAGAAGAUUUGAGCACUGCAGUUGGGGAAGUCAGCUAUGCCAUAACCGACUCAGUCGCCGGGCAGGUAGCAAAUAUGAUGCACGGCUUUUGCCCAGAGGAGGGAAGCUGUACAGCAGAGGAGGCUACAGGGUCUUCUAAAGCCCAAAGCACAGCAUUGCAGGACACCUCCACCUCCAAAAAUACUGCUCAUCAGAAAGCACAGUCUGAUUUAGAUCAGAAGGCAAAGCAAACAACCGGCUGCAACACUUCAACUCCACAAAGACAAGAACAGGAAAUAUACAAACAGGGCUUGCAUAUUCAUGAAGGGCAGUGGGCAACCUCAGAAUACCAAGAAACUGGUGAGGCUGGCGGUGCUGCUGUGAAAGGCCUCAUGAGUGAUGGGAUAUCAGCUGUCAAGCAGAAAAUGAGGCCUGCACCCACUUGCCACGAACUGGAACAGACAGACAAAUGUGAGGUAUCUGGAGUAGGAAACUCUGGGAGCGAUACAAAUGGUUUAAACAAGGUAAGUUAUCAAGAUGUGAAAGGGAGCCUGAGCAGCAGUGGACAGAACUUUCUCUCUGUGCAGAAGUGCAUGGUCACAGACAGCUCUAAAGCCAGACUGCAGCAUGUACCUGUGGGAAGAGAGCAAGAGAAAUCGGGAACCGUCACUAAAAGUAAACGUCUUAGUGAUUUAGAGCAUUCUGAGCAUUUAGAAAAGGCAAAGAGCCGUAACAAACACAAUGGAUUCAAAGGGAAUGAGCGUUCAGGAAAUGAUCAUUCUCCAGACGAUUCCACAAGAAACAGUAGGUACAGGGCACAGAGAUCCAACGCGAAGGAAGACACACAUUCAGCUCCGUCAACGCAUUGUAAAAACGUGUUUCCCAGGAGAAUCAAGGAAAAAACAAACCCAACAAAAUGUGACAAAGUGAAAGGAGACAUGAAAGCAAAGAAAAACGAAGCUAGUUCUGCUAAAAGAGGAACAGCAAAGAGUAAAGUUGGCAAAUACUCUAAGAUAUUACCAGAAAAAGAUAAUUCCUACAUGGACAGAGAUGAGCCUGGUUCAUCCUCUGAAAGUGAAGAUGAAGCGCUGGGUAAAUAUCAUGAGGCCUUAUCCAGAACACACAAUUCCAGGUGGCCAUUGGUCGAUUCCAGACAAAAGAGCUAUACCUGGGAAACAAGGCAGAAGUACAGCCCCUUGUCUGCAGAGUAUGAUGGCUACAGCACUGAAGCAUCCAUAGAAGACGGAAACUGUAUUCAGAGAAUGAGGAGGACACCUCCAUUGGAUGAGCUGCAGCCGCCGCCUUAUCAAGACGACAGCGGUUCUCCUCACCUCUCAUGCACACCCUCUGAAAUUGGGGAUGCCAAGUGUGAGAUUUCCCACUGCAGCAACAGCCCACGGUGUUCGUUCAACAAGUGCCCCAGUGAAGGAAGCACAGGUCACGAGGCUGAGAGCUAUCACAAUAAAGGCUAUGAAGAUGAUGUCCCUAGCGACAGCACAGCAGUCCUUAGCCCUGAAGACAUGUCAGCUCAAGGAUCCGCCUCACAGCUUCCUAAACCUUUUGAUCCAGAGCCAGAAGCUAAAUAUGGCACACUGGAUGUGACUUUCGACUACGACUCUGAAAGACAGAAGCUUCUGGUAACCGUGACAGCUGUCACAGACAUUCCAACAUAUAACAGGACAGGUGGCAACUCGUGGCAGGUACACCUUGUUCUUCUGCCUAUAAAAAAGCAGAGAGCCAAAACCAGCAUCCAGAGAGGACCUUGCCCUGUCUUCACAGAAACAUUCAAAUUUAACCACGUUGAAUCCGAGAUGAUUGGAAACUAUGCAGUUAGGUUUAGACUAUAUGGUGUCCAUCGCAUGAAGAAAGAAAAGAUUGUGGGGGAAAAGAUUUUUUAUUUAACAAAGUUGAAUCUUCAAGGGAAAAUGUCAUUACCGGUGAUACUGGAACCUUCGUACAAUCCUUCUGGUUGUGACUCUCAGGUGAGCUUGUCUGAGGUAUCCUGUGGUGACAGUACAUCCUCCUGUCAGUCUCUAGAACAUGGCUCUGUUCCAGAAAUCCUCAUUGGGCUCCUUUACAACGCCACCACUGGAAGACUAUCAGCAGAAGUGAUCAAAGGCAGCCACUUCAAAAACCUGGCAGCAAACAGACCACCCAAUGGACUGUUCUGUUGUCUAAAACACUUGAUAGGUGGACAGGUUUAUAUAAUCCGAGAUACAUAUGUUAAGUUAACACUGCUGAACUCCAUGGGCCAAGAGAUGUCCAAAUGCAAGACAUCCACCCGCAGAGGGCAGCCAAAUCCGGUGUACAAGGAAACUUUUGUUUUUCAAGUGGCCUUGUUUCAGCUUUCUGACGUGACUCUGAUACUGUCUGUGUAUAACAAGCGCAGCAUGAAAAGGAAAGAGAUGAUAGGCUGGAUUUCCUUAGGUCUGAACAGCUCUGGGGAGGAGGAGCUCAGACACUGGAGUGCAAUGAAGGAGUCCAAAGGACAGCAAGUGUGCAGGUGGCACGCACUGCUCGAGUCCUGAGGAAGAUGGCUGUCAGCCCAGCACUGCCGUGGUUUCCCGAUCACCCUCAGAGGAGCCGUUCCCUGGAGAGUCCUCUUCAACACCCUACCAUAAUGCUUCACAUCAAAGAAAGACUGUCCAGUGCUGAGCUGAGGGGAAGGAAGCUUUGUCUCUGGUAGAGCAAGCUCACGUGAGAAACCAAGAGACUUGUGUCCUUACUGUUCAGCAGCCCUCCAGAAAUUGAAUUGCAUACUUUUUAUUUGAACUUGAUUUUCUUAGUGAAAGAACUAGGAAUUCUGUGGAGGUUGUGACUUUAACCAGAGUUUCCAUUGCAGCACUGCAUAUCACCACCCAUAGGCAUUCCGAUGGUCAGUCCUUGGGUGGAUCUCAGUGAGCACAGUCAUGUCUCAAGGUGAAGGUUCAUUCACACUAAUGAUAGUUUCAUUUCAGAUAUGUUCUCUCUGUGCCUCAGCCUUUCUCUAUAGUACUAACCCAAGUGCAAAACUCCCUGAAGGAUGAUUUAAGGUUGGUUUGUAUGAAGUUUAUUUCUUUACCUUCUUUUUUUUUUUUCUUGAUCCAAAGAGACCAUCCCCUAUGGUCCCUUGCAAACCUUUAUGGCUGCACUGCAGAGCUUCAUAACUUUGUGUUCAAGCCCUUUGUGUACUACUAUGUGUAGGAAAUGACAGAGCAGAGCUGUCAUUUCGAACUGCUUUCAGUGGUCAGUCUUUAUAGCUGUGGGAUGCAACAGACACAGUAACUAGCUGUUGAAAUUGGAAGACAACUCUAGUUAAAAGGAAUUUUGACUAUCUGUUCCGAGUGUCUAGUCUCCAACAGGAGUAAAACAGGUAGCAUUCAAAACAGAAAACUCCUGGAGUCCUUCCUCACUCACUCCCAUUUCUUUGUGGUUCUCAGUUUGAUCCCAGUUAAAAUCAUUCUGAGAUCCCUUGUGCUCUAGUGACUUGUGCUGUGUUUUGUGAUGUCUUCAGCAUGAUGUCACCCUGUGCCUUCCAUGCAAGUUGGCCUUGCUUACACAGCUGGGAAGCCGUAGUUGCAAGUUUGGCCUUUAGCACUCAUAGGUGAGAAGCUCCUUGGCAGUCCCAUGGCCUUGCCCUAUUCUGCAGAAAGUAAGGCCAUCCACUAUGCUGGCCUCCAUUCUGCAAGCAUUUUCCUGUCUUGUUUUCAUAUUUAGAAACUACAGGCCAACUGGAAAUAGUGCAAGCUAUUUUCUUUUUAAAUUUUUCUUCUUAACAAAAUUUAUGCAUUACUUUAUUAGAGUCUGCUUUGUAUACAUGAAAAUAUUUUCUCUUUGCUCUUUCUCGUGUCUAGUUAAACUAGACAAAAGCAUACUAUUUACCAAUUAGUGAAAGCUGUAUCACGGUUCCAAUCCCAGCUGAGCACUUCGGACUGUUACAGUGAACUAGAACUCAUCAGUACCAUACUAGCAGAGCCAUGCACUGACAUACUGAAACGUGACAGCACUGAAAGGCCUUAAAAAAACCCAAAAGACCAUGAACUUCUACAUUUUUAGCUUAAAAGAAGACAACUUUAUACUUUCAAACUCAGCAUUUUGAGGAAAAGAAAAUGCAAAUAGAUGCACAGUUAGUUUUAAAAUGGAAGUCUCAGGGCCCAGCAUGGUGGCUCAUUCCUGUAAUCCUAGCACUCGGGAGGCUGAGGCAGGAAGAGUGCUGUGAGCUUGAGGCUGGCCUGGUCUACAUAGUUCCAGGCCUUCCUGGGGCUACAGAGUGAGAACUGUACCACUAAAAUAUUAUGUUACAAAGUUACUUUUAAAAAAAAAAGCAUUCUUCUAUUCUUCUAUUAGUGAACUUCCCAGAAUUGCUUUGUUAUAAAGUGAAUCGGCCUAGAAAUUAAAACAUGAGCAAGAAGCAAAAUAGUUGGGCUUUUUUAAGUGUUACUGAAGAACAGAAUGAGGCAAAAUGUGAACAGGAUAUAGGUUACACUGAAAAUUGGGCACACGCAUGCUCCAGUGAGCUUUUGCUGGCUUUGAAACAGCCGCCCGCAUGGCUAACAACUGCUGUCUUCCUAAUAAAGUCUCUGGUCUUUUUUGUAACAAAGCUCAAUUGGACAUUAUAAGACCAGCCUGGUGCUUUCACUGUUUUGAGAGGAAAAUCUGUUAUUUGUUAAACCUCCUUCCUGGAGACUGAGCCCAGAACUGCAUACUCGCAAAGAUCCUCAGGGGUAUCUGGCAUGGUGUAAGUAUCACUCCAUGUAUGGCCUGGAAAUUGAUUUCAGUCUUCUUUAACAUUAAGAACAGCCCCUCCCUCCAUCCCACUUGCCAAGUCCUCAAUGACUAUAAAUUAUCUAUGUGCACACAACUACACACAUAGUGCUGUGCACAUGUAAAGGCGAGUGUGCCCUGCCUUUUCACAUAACUGAAUAGAAAGGCAGUUCUCCAGAUGGUGGACUGCUUUUUUCCUUUCCUGUGUAAUUUCCAAAUGUGACACUAGGUUUGUAGCUAAAUGCUGCCAUUCUGCUGCAUACAAAGCCCUGAUGUGGCUGUUAAUUACUGUCCAGAAGUGCAGUACCGUCCAAACUUUCAGAAGCUUCUGCACUCUCGGUGCCUGGAUACCAGACACCUUUUAUUUAAAAUACAAUUGCAUAUCAUCUCACUGCACAUUGGGGAGUUAUCUGUAGUGUGCUCACUGAAAAGUAGUUUGUUAGGCCAUGCUUUAAGCAACAGAAAAUAAUUCAGCUGCCUGGAUGCCUGUGCUGUUGCCGUAAAGUUGGGCCCUGGCAGGGGCUCUGAUCUGAUCUGUGCAAAACCCUUCUCUGUCUUCUAUAAUGCUGCUGCUUCUACAAACUGGGAGCAUAGCCAGUGCCUGGGAGUGUGAUUGCAUCAAUGGGGAAACAGAGACAGAACCUAGACUGUUCUUGGCAAUGAGGAACACAAAUGAUGUCACAGCUUUACAAGGGAACUAAGAAAUAGGUGAGCUGUUUGAAGUGGUGUAAGGCCAGUAGUCACCAACCUUUUUUUUUCAAUCCUUGUUCAGAUGUUAAGAGAAAUAACACAAAGUUCAUUUGCAUAAAGCUACCAUUUACCUCCAAAGACUGAAGAAUUCACAGAAAAAUUCACAUUGCUAGUUGUCCUUCACAGGUUUCUUUUCCUUACUUUCUUUUUAAUCCAAGAUUCUUCCUCUUCAUCUGUCCCUUGAACUCGGCCAUCAGUAUCAUUGUGGCCAGCCAAUGAUACUGAAACAAGAUGAGGCACGCAGUAAAGCAACUUAAAACCAUACCUGCGCCCUCCACAGUGAGAGUACUGAUGCUGGUUACAGCUAUGACUCAGAAAAGAACUAACACAAUAGCGUAUUGUUUUAUUUGACUCACAAAAUAUUAGGAGGCAGGUAACAUCAUCAGUGUUUUAUUCAUGAAGAAGUUGAUGCAUGGAGAAGCUGAGCUGACCCCCUAAGGCUGCCCCUCUUUUAAACCCAGUAGAACUGGGUUUGCUCCAAACCCACUCAUGCGCAUUGUGUCUUAGCCCAAUUAGUUAUGGUGAAAGGAGCAGCAUCCUAUUGGGCAAGCCCUACCCAGUCUAUCUGAAUGGCAGAGAGGCCCAAGAGAAUAAAGCUUGGGGGGUGGGGAGCAGGGGGCUUGCCUUCUCAGGACACAAACCAUACUUGGGUAUCAUAAUUUGUGAGUGGUUUUUAUUUAAGGACUUGGGUUUCGUUUGUUGUGUCUACACUGUACUUGUAGUCUGAAGAUAUUUGAAUUCAUUUGUUCUUGACCAAGGUUCUCCAUUGCCUUUAUACACCUUUCUACGCUGCGAAAUGGUGGAGCAUCUGCUAACCCAUGCUUGUGUCCAGGGUCAGAGGAGAGACUGUUGCCUUCCUGUGCACACUCACCCAAGUUUGUUUAUAUUCCUUUUGUUACAGUUUGUUAAUAUGAGACAAGAUUCUCACCCACCCUCUUCCCUUUCAUCGUUAGCGAUCGCUAUGUCCUAGAGUCUUUACGAGCCCUUUGGCUAAUAGGAGACACACAGCAAAUGAUGGUGAAUGAAGUCUUAUGGUAGAAUCAACACUACCGUUGUGAAUGUCUCCUGGGAACCUGGUCACUGAGCGUGUUUCCUUUCCUCCUUACGUGUAUGUAUCUGAGGACCCCGCUGGGUGCCGUGUGCUGCUGCAGACUACUGAUUGGAUGGAGUCUCCCCUCAUCUCGUGUUUUAAUUAAGACAGCAUCAGGUGGUGUCUUUUACUGUAAGACGUAGAGAGGGGCAUGUGCAGGGCAUUGGGGUUGAGUAGGAACGUACACAGCGAGUUCUAUUAGAAGAUGAGAAAAAAAAUAUCGGUUCGACUCCCAUCAAACUCCCCCCUCAUUAAACACAGACAGCGGCUCCCAAGCUGUGAUGUAUCUAAGAAUCUUCUCCAGGUUCUAACCAGAGAUCCUGUUUCAUUUGCUGUAGAGGAAAGCCUGAAAGUAUAGAUCUCAAUGCGUUCCCCAGGAAGCCCUCGCUGGGCAGUACUGGUAUACAAUUUUGUUCCUUAUCUGCAGUUGUUGGCAGCAGUUUCCAUGCCCAUAGGUUAAGUCCUGAUGCAGGGGUGGUAAGGUUUCCUGCGAAUGAAGGGUCAGCUUCUCUCCUUCUGAUCGCUCUCACCUUGCUUUACACCAACAACGGAGUUGAUGUCAUAAAGUUAGGGGAAGGCCUUUUUAAGGGUGAGGAUGGCGUUCUGGCAGGUUUGUUGGAUAAAUACUGAGGACGUUAAUAUGUCCUGGAAUGCACCAACAUUUGUUUGCUGGGGAAAUCGAGAACAGCUGACAAGUGUACCGGCACUGUACUCAAGUGUCAAGCGACUAUUUCAAGCACAGCUAGAAAUGUAUGGUGACACUUCCAAAUAAUUUGAGUUUACCAAGAGAAAAACUGUAGUAGUAGCAUAUUUUAAAAAUUAAUUUAUUAUGUUUAUACAUAGUUUUACUACUAUAACUUUUUGGCGAAAACAAUAUAGCAAUUCUGAGGAACUUUAGAGCUGAUAAGAAUAGGACAUCCUUUGCCCGAGCUGGCAGUGGUGGCCAUGUCCCAGCAACUUGGCUAGACUUGUACCUGAAUUCUGUUUCUCAGUGCUGGAGCUGCGAACUGUUAAAGUCUGGUAAGUGUUGUGACCUAGUCUUUUUCUAAAACCCAAGAGGUUCAUUACUACUCUGGGGCAUUGCUUCUCAAAAAUAACGUACUUUUUAUAGACAACCUCAAUCAGUGGAUCUUUUUAUUCAGUAUCCCUCCUCUUCCUCCCUCCCCCUCCUCUUCCUUUCUUUGAGUUUUUGAGGCAAGAAGCUUCCUUAAUAGUCUAGUUUCUACGGAGCUUUCUUACUUAUUUUUCUAAUAAUAGGUGUAGCCGAAUGGUGAUGUUUAACUGCUCUGUGAGCAGAACUGUCUCACCCUGAAGAUACAUGCUGCCUGUUGGUGUUUCCUUUGGUCUCAACUGUGUCUGACCUGUUUGCCAGUGACUUUCACCCAUGAGUGGACUUUGCUCGUGUGCACAGUAUUUCCAUGUGCAUAGUAUGUCCAUGUGGUCAUCAGCGUGCUGUGUUGUCAUCACAUAUUUAUAUGCACUUGGUCAAACAGAAGCCGAUGAGUGUGUGAGCCAUCAUUUUGUAGAGUGAGCGGCUGAACCCCCUUUGUGUCGUCGGAGUCGGAGUCGCGCUGCGCGUCCGUUGCCUUUAAACUCUCACACCUUCUUUUGUACUCUACACCGACUAUCGCGGUGCCUUUUUCCUUUUGUAUAAUUGUAUUACAUUAAAAAAAAAAUUGCUGACCUGUGUGUAAAAAUGUUAAAACUACACCAGUCCAAGGAGAUUUUAAUGGCAGUCCAAUUUUACAGAGAAUAAAUUUUUGUGUGCAUUAAA